UCGGUUUUAGAGCUGUUGUUUCAAAUGUGUUAUAUUCAAAUGUUGCAGCUGGAUGUGUAUGUUUUUUUUUUUGCUCUACCGUUGCAUCACUGAAUCUUUUUCUUUUGUCACAACACUUUUUAGUCGCAAUCUGUUACAUGGAAUAAAAAUUUAACUUCAUCAUCGAUUAAGUGGAAAUCUGACUCAAUGACUCAAGAUGUGUUGCUAAACACACCCUGUCCUCAGCCUAUAAAACAGCUGGAUGCAGCACAGAGAUUCAGAAGUUGUAAUCAACACAACAUGAAGACUUUCAAUCUGUGCGUUCUACUAAGCCUGGCGGCUGCAGUUUGCUGCAUGCCAGUAUCUCAGGUUACGGAGCAAGAUGAGCAUUUUGCAGAGAACUACCUGAAGAAAUUCUUCAACCUGACGGAAGAGACAGGUCCAACCAUCGAUCCGGGGAUCAGCCCGGUGACCAAGAAGCUGAAAGAGAUGCAGGAAUUCUUUGGUCUCCUGGUCAGCGGGACGCUGGAUGCUGACACCUUGGCCGCGAUGAAGACGCCUCGCUGUGGUGUUGCAGACAACAACGUUGCACAUUCUUCUUCACGUUCUCGACGUUCUACCUUGUCUGGGGCAAAGUGGGAGAACAACAUCCUUACCUACAGGAUCGAGAACUACUCACCUGACAUGUCUGUGUCAGAGAUAGAUGACUCCAUUGAGAAAGCUCUGCAGGUUUGGGCCAAAGUCACUCCUCUGAGAUUCACAAGAAUCUACAGUGGCAUCGCUGACAUCAUGAUCUCCUUCAUCAGGGGAGAUCAUGGUGAUAAUUCACCUUUUGAUGGCCCUGAUGGAACUCUUGCCCAUGCAUUCCAGCCAGGCCCUGGCUUGGGAGGAGAUGUUCAUUUUGAUAAAGAUGAGACUUUCACUUUCCGCUCAAAUACUGGCUAUGUCCUCUUCUUGGUGGCUGCCCAUGAGUUUGGCCACGCCCUGGGUUUGUCUCACUCCGAUGAUCCUGGUGCUCUGAUGAACUUCAGAUACAUUUACAGAAACCCUGACACCUUCGUUCUGCCCCAGGACGAUAUCCAAGGCAUCCAGUCUCUCUAUGGUCCAAACCCUGAUGUGGAUCCCUCUGUGGUGGUCCCUACGGCCCCCCCCACCCCUGACGCCUGUGAUUCAAACAUGGUCUUGGAUGCUGUCGCCACCCUGCGAGGGGAGAUGUACUUCUUCAAAGACAGCUUCUUCUGGCGGAGCCACUCUCAGAGCAAUACACCUGAGCAAAGUCUCAUUGCAGCCUUCUGGCCCGAUGCCCCCAACCACAUCGACGCUGCUUAUGAAAGCCAAGAGUUGGACAGACUCUUUCUCUUUAAUGGUCGGAAAGUGUGGGCUUUCAACGCCUAUGAUCUUGUGCCCGGGUAUCCUAAAUCACUUUCCAGUUUCGGUCUGCCCAAAAGUGUGAAGAAAGUCGAUGCGGCUCUUUAUGAUGUGGAAACUCGCAAGACUCUGUUCUUUGUUGGCACCAAUUACUACAGUUAUGAUGAGGCCAAAAAGACCAUGGACCAGGGAUUCCCCAAGCGACUGGACGAGACCUUCUCCGGCCUGAGCACCAAGGUGACUGCAGCUGUCCAAGUCAAAGGUUUUACUUACAUCUACAGUGGAUCCAGCAUGUUGGAGUACAGCAUGCGGACUGGGACGUUGUUCCGUGUGCUGGGGAACAGCUACUUCCUGCGUUGCACUCGCUAUUAAACCAGUUGUCUCAAUUGUUCAUUUAAUGACACUGAAUUACAAUGAAGGAACAGAGUUAAAUUGCCUAUUUUAAGUGACAUCUUAUAAUAUAUAAUUGUAUUGUUACACACUCAUGGCUGGAGGCUAUACUGGAUAUAUGCCUUUCCUGAGAAAAGCACCUUAAAGUUUUUCAUGUGACGACACUGAAUGAAGGAACAGAUUCGUAAUCAUAAUAUAUCUUAUAGUAUUUAACUAUAUUUUUUAAUACUUACAGACUUACGUUUGUUUGUUUUUUAAAUAUAAUUUUGGUGACGUCAGCCAUUUAUUUAAGUUAAUUUAUCUCUAAAUUAUAAAUUUAUUGUUGCUCCCUUUAUUUGUGUGUGGUUUAACUGU